GGCUUACCAAUUGCUUCGUCUGUAAUAAUGGAUUGCCACUUUGGUAGAGACGCUGUCCUUCCCCGCUGGUCGGUUGCACAGAUCGACGCUCAAAGCUCUGCUUAUUAUCAGCCCAAUCGCACUUGUGUUUCUGGACGGAGAUAUCAGACUACCGCUUCAGGGUUAGGGUCUUCAAAUCAGGGUUUCAAUUGGUCGAUGGCAUCGUUAAAUCCCUAAAUGGUAUAUAUGGCGCCACAUCCUAAAAACCUAACCCCGACGCUAGCUACUACAUACGAGGCUUGGUCGGACCAGCACGGAAUGGACAACUCCCUUUAAAAAGGGGCAUAGAAUAUUAUUAAAGAGCAUGGAUUCUAACGCUGUUGAGGGGAGGAAGCAGACCGAUCUUGGUCUGACACCACAACCGAACAUGACCGGCAUCGCUGAUUUCACAAACAUAUUUCGGGCUUAUCCCAACCCAAACACAGCACGCAAAGUCAUUAAACGGCCGCGCCAGGCGUUUUCCUGCACAGCAUGCCGAACCCGCAAGCUCAAGUGUGACCGAGAACGCCCAUGUGGGAUCUGCAUCGCAAGAGGAGAUGACGAAAAGUGUAGAUAUGCGUCGACGCCGAAGCAGCAGAAGGAGUCGAGGCUGGGCGUCCAGGGGCAGUUGCAGAGAUUGGAAGAAAUGGUGUCAAAACUGGUCCAAGAUGGUAGUGCUGUUGCGAACUCGAAUACAGCAAUUACUCCGGAUGAUUCCACUUCCAGUUCCAAUAUGUCUACCAACGGCACGCAGCUGACGCUGGACUCUGAAGGGAGAGGCAGUGCGGAACCCGGCCCUAGAUCAGUGUAUACGGGGGCGACACAUUGGACCACAGUCCUCGACGGUAUCCGCGAUAUCCAAGACUGGCUUGACUUCGAACCCGAACCCAUCCCAUCGGCCCCGAACCCCCCGUCUAGUGGCGGGUUGUAUGGCUUCAUCUUCGGCGAUCUGGAGCCGCUGAAGGUUGAAGAAGCCAUCGAAGCGAUACCUCCUCGUUCAGUCACCGAUCCACUUCUGCAAUUGUACUUCAGUUCGAAGUUCGCUUCGCCUACGUUUCUCCAUGAGGGGAAGUUUCAUCGUGACUACGAGCGCUUUCGAACUGACCCGGCUAGAACAAGCCUCUUCUGGAUCAGUCUGCUCUAUUCCGCACUCAGCAUCGCGGCGCUUGCGGCUCACGGCAGCAGACAUUAUCUAACCAAGCAAUCCUACAAUAUUGACCCUGCGGCCCUCCGGAAGAAAGCCGGCCAGUGUCUGGUGACUGCCGAAUAUCACGAAGCGCAGCAGUAUACUAUCGAGUCGUUGGUACUAUAUUGUUUGGCGGGAUUUUACGCCACCAGCGAGGCUGAUUCGUCGCUUUGGUCGUUGUUCGGAUUGGUGACCAGACAAGCCCAGAGGAUGGGCUAUCAUCGUGACCCAAGUCACCUAAAGAGCAAUGAUAUCACACCUUUCGAAGCCGAGAUGCGGCGACGCGUAUGGUUCUAUCUUGAGACGUUCGACGUCCUAUUCUCUUUUCACCUCGGGUUGCCUCCAAUCAUCCACGAAGGUGUCUGUGACACUACACCACCGAGCCACCUCCUGGACGAAGAUUUUGAUGAACACAGUGAAGUACUCCCAGAGCCUCGAUCGGACGUAGAACCGACGCACAUGCUCUACCAGUACUAUAAGUCGGCGUAUAUGCGAGCCUUCCGCAAAGUUGUCCGACACGCCCUCGCCGCCGGCAAACCGUCCUUCGAAGAGACCAUCCUGCUCACGAACGAAAUGGAGGACUUUCAUAACGGGCUCGCUGAAAGCUUGAAGAUCCGGCCCCUUCAAGUCACACACUUCACCGACCCACCCUCUACGAUCAUGCAUCGACUGAUGCUCGAAAUGUGCUACCUGAAGAGCAUGUGCGUGCUGCACCGUACCUACCUUAAUUUCGAAAAACGCAAUCCCAAAUAUGACCGAUCCCGGGAAAUCUGCCGUGCGGCUGCCAUUCGGAUCCUCGAGCUACAGUCCGAGUACCACCGCGAGAGCCAACCGGGGGGUCGACUGCACGAAUCCAGCUGGAUGAUGUCGAGCCUGAACCAUGACGACUUCCUGCUUGGCGCCAUGAUCGUCUGCCUGGAUCUGCGAGAGAACGAGUCGAUGAGCGUAACGGACCGAGCUCGGAAGAUUGAGGCGCUGGAGAUUUCGCACGAUAUCUGGUCGGAGCGGAAGGAUCGCUCGAUGGAUGUGCAGCACGCGCUGAAGGUCCUGGGAUUGAUUUUGAAAAGUGUGAAGGGGCACGAGAAUUGGCAUCUGGGGAUGCAAGACUCAGAGGUCGCAGUGAUGGCAUCCAGUGCUUUACUGGCUGGGAGUAGCAUGCAAUUUGAAUCGCUGCUUAUGCCGGGGACGGUGCAAUGUGAUAUGGAGGACCUGUCCCUGGCCUUGAUAGAUUCUGAGGGAUUCGAUGAAUUGUUGAAUGACUCGGCGAACAUUGAUUGGGUGAGUUGACGUACUGAAUAGCUUUGAUUGCUACGGUAGACACUGACUUGCGUAGAAUGCUAUCGACGGAUUCAUUUUCGAUCGUAAUGGCAACCUUGAUCACUCCGUGUACUCCUAGCUUCCAGUGCCAACCCGCCAUUCCCCUGAGGCAGC